UCCCCGGCGGCCGCUCGCCGUGCCCGGGAGGCGGGGAAGGGCCUCCCCAGCCCUUUGACACCGUCUCGGCAGGAGUUUCACUUCGCUUUCGCCGCCGCCGCCGCCGCUUCUGCAGGCAAACACCCCCGGCUUCCAUGUGACGCCUCCCAGCCGCUGAACGGGGGAAAAGCGCCUCCAAGGGAGCCACUGUCCCUGCGUGCAGGAGCCAACAGGGGGGCACGGGGGGGCAGGAGCAGGAGGUGGUGGCUGGGGGGAAGGGAAGAGAGGAAAUAAAUUAAUAAACCGCACAGAAAGAAGCUGUGGGGGAGAGGAACUGAGACCCCGGGGAAGGAAUUCGGGGGGUUAUUUAUUUACACGCACCCCCCCGCCCCAACCCCCUGUCCCCAGCAGGUCUCGGUCCGGGCGCUGCAGCGUUCGGCACUGUCCGCACAGGGCCCUGGGGCAGUUUCUCGCUCCCCAGCGCCCUUCUCGAGGGGGGGGCACAGACUUUGGGUUGUUUUCCUUUUUGUUUGUGUGUUUUUUGUUGUGUUUUGUUUUUUUUUUUAGCUCCCCUCCCCCCUUUGUGGAAGGAGGGGGGGUCCCGCUCGCACCUCCCUGGAUGGCGCGCUAGAAAGGAGGGGAGUGAGGGGCGGGAGGGGGGGCUCGUGGUGGGAGGCUGCCGCGGCUGCCGCUCCUGCAUUGGUGUCUCCCCUAUGGACGAAAACAGCCCUCUGUCUCCCAAGGCAAAUGCUUUCAGUAUCGCCUCUCUGAUUUCAGUCGCCGCCGCCGCCGAGCGAGCAGGGAAGGGAGCGCUGGAGGAGCGCCGCGGUGGCCGCAGCGCACCCGCCGGCCCCGCCAGCCGCCCGCCGAAGAUGCACUUCAGCACCGUCACCAGGGACAUGGAAGCUAUCUCCAGCCCCUGGCUCACCCAGCUGUCCCAUUUUUGCGAUGUUGCAGCUUUCACGGCCAACAGCCUGAGCAGCCUGAACGCCUCCGGGGGGUACCACCUCUCCCCCUCCCCGGGGGACCCGUACGGACAGCAUGAGCCGCCGCACUACGAGCCCUGCACGGCUCAGCAGCACCCGCACCCGCCGCCCCAGCCCCAACACGGCUACCCCUUCGGCGGGGCAGCGGCGGCCGGGGCCAACCCGCCGCCCCCCGGCCCCGAACCGCCCGAGGGCGCCGGGGGAGCCGCCGCGGGACCCGCCGCCGUCUCGGGCUGCUCCGCGGGGGCGGCCGCCGCGGCCAAGGCGCCGGUGAAGAAGAACCCGAAGGUGGCCAACGUGAGCGUCCAGCUGGAGAUGAAGGCGCUGUGGGACGAGUUCAACCAGCUGGGCACCGAGAUGAUCGUCACCAAGGCCGGCAGGCGCAUGUUCCCCACCUUCCAGGUGAAGAUAUUCGGCAUGGACCCCAUGGCUGACUACAUGCUCCUCAUGGAUUUUGUCCCUGUGGAUGACAAGCGAUACCGGUACGCCUUCCACAGCUCCUCCUGGCUGGUGGCCGGCAAAGCCGACCCCGCCACCCCCGGCAGGGUGCACUACCACCCGGACUCCCCGGCCAAAGGGGCGCAGUGGAUGAAGCAGAUCGUUUCCUUCGAUAAGCUCAAACUGACCAACAACUUGCUGGACGACAACGGACAUAUCAUUUUGAACUCCAUGCACAGAUACCAGCCGCGUUUUCAUGUGGUCUACGUGGACCCCCGGAAAGACAGCGAGAAAUACGCGGAGGAGAACUUCAAAACCUUCGUCUUCGAGGAGACGCGCUUCACGGCCGUGACCGCCUACCAGAACCACCGGAUCACGCAGCUGAAGAUCGCCAGCAACCCUUUUGCCAAGGGAUUCAGAGACUGCGACCCUGAGGACUGGCCCAGAAAUCACAGGCCAGGGGCCCUUCCUCUCAUGAGUGCCUUUGCGAGAUCGCGGAACCCAGUGUCCUCCCCUGUGCACCAGAAUGGCACAGAGAAAGACGCAGCCGACGCCCGCCGCGACUACGAGCGGGAGGCGGCCGCCGGGGUCCCGCUGCACGCCGAGGCCGCGCACCAGCAGCUCCUGGCGCGGGUGCUGAGCCCGGCGCUGCCCGGCGGAGGAGGAGGAGGAGGCGGCGGCGGAGGCAGCCUGGUGCCCCUGGGGGGCGGCGGCGGGCGGCCCAGCCCGCCCCACCACGACGUGCGCCUGGAGGCCGGCGAGGCGCUGCAGCAGCACCCCUACAAGUACCCGCCGGCCGCCUACGAGCACUACCUGGGGGCCAAGAGCCGGCCCGCCCCCUACCCGCUGCCCGCCAUCCGCGGCCACGGCUACCCGCACCCGCACCACCCGCACCACCACCACCAUCACCACCACCCCGUCAGCGCCGCCAACGUGUACCCGCCGCCCGCCGGACCCGCUGCCUACGACUACGGGCCCCGGUAACGCCGCCCGCCCGCCCGCCCCCCCCUCCCCGGCCCGGCCCGGCCCGCCCCGCGUGCCGCGACCGUUAAACGGCCGCUCCCCUCAGCCGCCUCCUUCCCGCCUUUUGCUCUCGGCCCGCCCUACGCGGGAGAUGAUAGGUCGGCUCGGAUGAUUGACAAGCGAUUAGACCAAUGGUGGGACGGCACCGAGUCCGCUCCGCCGUGAGGUGGCCGGGCCGU